CCAACCAAUACUGGCACACACCGCGGUGUCGUUCCGGCAUAAAUAGACGCGCACCAAACAACAGAUAACGCGCCCGCGCUCUAUCUCUCCUCUGUGUGUGCCGGAUUGUGGUGGAAAGUGCAUUCAUUGUUGUGCCAGAAGCGUGUGUUUGUGUCUCAGCAGAAUGGGGAAAGAUCGGUGCCUCAACAUUACCACCCUGCAGACGAAGGAUAUCCGAUGGCCAACGUCACUGGGAGCGCACGGGUCUGAUGCGAUGCACACGGAUCCGGACUAUUCCUGCGUGUACGUGACGAUCGAAACGGCCGAAGGUGUGACCGGGUACGGUAUGACGUUUACGCUUGGCCGCGGUACGGAUAUAGUGCUGCUGGCCGUCCGUGCCAUGAAGCGCUUGGUCGAGGGCCGUACGACGACCAGCAUUUUCGAGCGCUUUGGCCAGUUUUGGCGUGAACUGACGAGCGAUUCGCAGCUCCGUUGGAUUGGACCGGAGAAAGGGGUCACGCAUCUGGCGGUGGCCGCCAUCAUCAACGCCCUGUGGGAUCUUUGGGGUAGGAUAAGAAACGUUCCAGUGUGGCAGCUGCUCGCUGAGAUGGAACCGGAGGAAUUGGUUUCAACGAUUGACUUUCGUUACAUCGAGGAUGUGAUCACUCCCGAGGAGGCGACAGCAAUGCUGCGUAAAACAAAGCCAACACGAAGCGAGCGCAUCCAGUAUCUUCUGGCGAAUGGUUAUCCGGCCUACACAACUCAAAUAGGAUGGCUCGGAUACAGCGACGAAACGAUACGCGCGCUCUGCAGAAAGUAUCUCGCCGCAGGAUUCAAGGCAUUCAAGAUGAAAGUGGGUCAAGAUUUGCAAAAUGAUAUAAAGCGAUGCAAACUUGUGCGGGAGGAAAUCGGAUGGGGCAAUCAGUUCAUGAUUGAUGCAAAUCAAACGUGGAACGUUCAAACAGCCAUUGAGUGGGUUAUCAGCUUGAAGGACUUUAAACCCCUGUGGAUCGAGGAGCCAACGUCUCCAGACGAUGUGUUGGGUCAUGCGAAAAUUGCAGCAGCAUUGAGAGAACAUUCCAUCGGGGUAGCAACUGGAGAGAUGUGCUGCAACCGUGUCAUGUUCAAGCAGUUCAUGCAAGCCAAUGCUCUCGAGUUUUGCCAGAUAGACUCAGCACGCAUUGGAGGAGUAAACGAAAUACUGUCCGUCUAUUUGAUGGCGAAAAAACUCAAUGUGAAAGUAUGCCCACAUGCCGGUGGUGUUGGACUAUGUGAGAUGGUGCAGCAUUUGCAAAUGUGGGACUUUUGCUCCGUUUCGUGCACGAUGGAGGGACGCAUGGUUGAGUUCGUGGACCAGCAGCACGAUCAAUUUGUAUUUCCGGCAACUAUCAACGAGCAAGCAUGCUACGUUGCUCCAAGGGCGCCGGGAUACUCGACCGAGCUGAAGCAGGAAGCAAUUUUGCAAUUUGAGUAUCCUCACGGCACCGAGUGGAAGCGCAUGUUUGCUGAAGGGAUAUUUACGCAUGAAGACUAUUGAAUUUGAUAAACGUUCAGAAGAGAAAGUGUUUUGUAAUAUGCAACACAAUAAUCAGAGAUAUAGGUUCCCUCAACUGUCAGUUUGAAAUUCGAACGGAAAAUAAACAGUGCGAAAGGGCGUAAAACCUUUGUAAA